GCUAUGCGCUGAUUCCCUGCAGACCCGCCCGCAGCGCAGCUUAGCUAUCUGAAUGAGUGUAGAAGAGUGUGUGAGCUUUUUAGCUUUAAGGGCCGAACACUGAGGUGUCAGCCCAUCCGGACACAGGACAGCCAUGGCCCUGCUCGAUCUAGCUCUGCAAGGCUUUUCCAUCUUCGGAUUUGUGUUGUUUAUCGUCCUCUGGCUCAUGCAUUUCGUGUCCAUCAUCUACGUCCGUCUGCAUCUCAACAAGAAGACCACAGACAAGCAGCCGUACAGCAAGCUGGCUGGGGUCUCGCUGCUGAAGCCCCUCAAAGGAGUGGACCCCAAUCUAAUAAACAACCUAGAGACGUUCUUCGAGCUGGAUUAUCCCAAGUAUGAAAUUCUGCUCUGCGUCCAAGACCACGAUGAUCCGGCCAUCGAUGUUUGCAAAAAGUUACUUGGCAAAUAUCCCAACGUCGAUGCUAGGCUUUUUAUAGGUGGGAAGAAGGUGGGAAUCAACCCCAAAAUAAAUAACCUCAUGCCGGCUUAUGAAGGAGCAAAAUAUGAACUUGUCUGGAUCUGUGACAGUGGCAUUCGUGUAAAGCCAGAGACGCUGACUGAUAUGGCCAAUCACAUGACUGAGAAGGUUGGACUGGUUCACGGACUCCCUUACGUGGCAGACAGACAAGGAUUCGCCGCCACAUUGGAGCAGGUGUACUUUGGAACAUCACAUCCCCGUUCCUACAUCUCGGCCAAUGUAACAGGAAUCAAGUGCGUCACGGGAAUGUCGUGUCUCAUGAGGAAGGACGUCCUGGACCAGGCCGGCGGGCUGAUUGCCUUCGCGCAGUACAUCGCUGAAGAUUACUUCAUGGCCAAGGCCAUCGCAGACAGGGGAUGGAAAUUUGCCAUGGCAACACAGGUAGCCAUGCAGAAUUCGGGCUCAUAUUCCAUUGCACAAUUCCAGUCGCGCAUGAUCAGGUGGGCCAAGCUGAGAAUCAACAUGCUGCCAGCCACCAUCAUUGAGCCCAUCUCUGAGUGCUUUGUGGCCAGUCUCAUCAUUGGCUGGGCGGCCCAUCAUGUGUUUCGCUGGGAUAUCAUGGUGUUUUUCCUGUGUCAUUGUCUGGCCUGGUUCAUUUCAGAUUACAUUCAGCUCAGAGGAGUACAGGGUGGACCUCCAUCUUUCUCCAAACUGGACUACGCAGUGGCCUGGUUCAUCAGGGAGUCCAUGACCAUUCAGAUCUUCCUGUCCGCUCUUUGGGACCCCACGAUCAGCUGGAGGGCGGGCCGCUACCGCUUGCGUUGCGGCGGUACAGCGGAGGAAAUCUUGGAUGUUUAACCAGCACCAAGUGCCAGAGACUAAUGCACUGUUGGUCGAAAACAAAAACAAAAAUACAGGACUGCGAAGACCCGGGCGCAGAUGGACUAACGAACUAAAAACUCUGCGUUUUAUUCCAACUUCUGAUAGUUUUUAACCUGUGACUUUAGCUUGAAUAGAUGAUUUAUGUUCUCGGUGCUUAUGUUUUUCCUGUGAGGUCUCUGACAUAUCGAGGCCUCGUUCUAGAUGAGCCAAAAGUUGUGAAUGGGUGCCGAUGUGGAAAUGAUGCUCUAUAACGUGGUCGCACUUCACCGCACUUCAGUGAGCAUCGCAAACGUAACAGAAACGCAUCCAAUUUUUGUUUUUACGUUUUUAAUGUCCUGGCAACAUGAAACAUGUCCAUUUUAUCAUGUGUCUGGAUUAAUGGUAUGGCUUUUAAAGAUGAUAUUAGCACGAACGUGUUUCAACGUGAAGUGAGGCAACGUCAAACGACAGAAGCGUUUUAAAACUGAACGGAUCACUUGCUUAUCACAGUUUAGCUCUCAAUGUAAAGCACUCUGGCCAUAAUUUUUAAACGUGAGGACUUCUCGAGAUCGAUCCAUUCAGGUCCAUUUUAUGUUCACUUGGAGCAAUACUUUCUGUAGAUGCCGAGGUUAUACGUAAGGGGGAGAAGUGACAGCGUGACACGUAUCCAGUCCACAAACGUCACAGGACUUGUAAAUGCCUGAAAAAGUAGAACAGUAUUUAAACACAAGGUAUAAAGGUUUAGUCUGAGCUUUAGUUAUCCUCAAUAUGAUAUUUGCUGAUUUAUUCGCAUACAAAGACAGAGUGCCAUUUGAAAAGCAAGUUUUCAUUGAUUUUCUUUCCUCGUUCCCCUCUUUCGUUCUUUUUUGUAAACGCACUCGUCACUCUUAUUCCAAGUCCAGGGUUUGCUUAACACAUAGGGCAUUUUUCUUUCGCACUGCGUUCGCUCUGUCAGUAUUUUCCUGCAAAUGUUUAACUUUUUAACCGGAUACGCACAAUUUCACUAAUUUGUCCAAACAUUUCAUCUAAUGGCAUUUCACUUAGCCAAUUUAACCCGUAACGCAAACACUUGAACUGAUUUUUAUAUCAACAUUUUUAGUUAAUUCGGCGUGAAAUUAUGACUGAGAUGAUGACUGAAAUGAUUAUAUAAAUGGCAGAUGUGUGCCGACAGGUUUACAAUCUGAUUCAUUUCAAAACAAUCACUGUGGGCAAGAGCGAUAUGAGUCAUUUCCUCGUUCUUUAACUUAUUUAGCAUCGCAAAAACGCAAACAAUCACCAUUUUCUUCUUCACCUCGUAUCUUCCCAGCAGUCGUGUCUUGAAGAACUGCUUGUUUAGUUCCCAGAACCACACGCUGUUGUUGAAAAAACGCUUUCUUCUCAUUCCUUCAACUAUCGCUUGUUACAGGACUCAUGGCUUUUAUCGUUAAGAACCCAUGCCAACACUUGGCAGUAUUGUUUUAAAGAUAACUUCACUGAGAUUCACAAACUCACUGUGUGUGGUGAGCGACGUGCAUGUGCCUUGAUUCAAAGCUGCCAUUCAGUUUUUCUCAUUCGGAGUUCAAGACACCAUUUUAGCCCAAUGCCAAAUUGAUUUUAUAAGUAUUUCUUCGGUUUUUUUUAUUAGAAUGAAUUCGUUCUGAUGAAAACUUUGGGUUUUGUGCACGAAGCCAAGAAAUACUCUUAUACUUAACGUGGCAGUUUAAGUAAGAGUCGGGAAUAAAUCAGUUAGCAAUAAUGAGUUACUCAAGUUAUAGGAUUAAUACUGCUAUAUUCAGGCUGUGAAUCGGAACUAUUCGCUUCCAGACCCAUUUUAGUCCAGAUUUACUAUAAUAAACAUUUCAAAUGUUUUCUUUUUUCAGAUACGCUGUACAUCGCACAAACAGUGGGCUUCAUUCGUAAAACAUAAACAGAAUGUUUUUCGUAAGAACAUUUAGUUCAUUUUCGCAUUCAAUCGAAUAAUCUGUAAAACGUACUUUCGUAAAUGUAUGCGUUGAAUAUUAGGCAAUAAUGGACAGAAGAAUGGUUUCGCGAAUAAUUCUGUGCAACAACUUUUAUGAACGACUUUUUACGUUAAAAUUUGUUCUGUCUGGGUUUCAGAGUUUUUGGGCUUGGUAAACGUACCGUUGCAUGAACACAUUCAUUGUUUAUCCGUUGCUUAUCAGUAAUACUUGAUACACAUAACACAAACAAAAGCGCUUUGGUUUGGGAAGAGGAAUGCUGGGUUUUUCAACAGUUCCUCUGUUGAUUUUCAACCCAGAUCUGUCGGUUUCUUAUUUUAUGUUUGUGAAACGUGUCAAUAAGUAACUCGUAAAUUGACCUCAUUUUUGGAAAGUCUACAUUGCACUGUAAAUUUCCUGUUUAGACUUUUCGUUUCUGUGUGGCUGUAAGCGGUUCUUACUGCAGCUUAUGACCUGAUAUCACAAUUCUGGAUGGAUUGUUUUAUCAAAAUACCUUGUGGGGAGUUGGACUUUUUUUUCAAUAUGUGUUCAAUUGUAUCUUUGUCGAUAGAGUUUUAUAGAUGGCUGGUGACCCACAUGGUGUCGUGUGAAAACAUGCGGACAUGAGUACAUUUUUGAUCGCCAUAUUUCGAAUCCACCCGUGAUGCAUGAGAGUGCAGGCAGGCAACUCGCGAGGAUUUGAGACAUGGCCAAUAUACAUUGAAAGGUGUAGUUCACUUUAAAAUAAGCCCCCAUUGACUUUCCAUAGUCCUUUUUAUUCCUACUAUGGAAACUCAAUGGGGGCUUAUUUUAAACUGAACUAUACCUUUAAAGUGUCAUGUCUUGUGCUAUGUUUAAUAUAUUUUCACUUUUCACUCUUAAUGCAACAUGUCAGCGUUCAAUUAUCAUAACCGAGCAAAUCGACCGAAAGAAACUACUGCUCACUUUACGGUCACCAGUCAGAGACAAAAAAAAGUCUGGUCGUGAUCCACUGCUUCUUUUAUGUGCUGUAAAUUGAAGCAUCAUUUUUUUUUUAAGGAAAUGUACAGUUUAUUUAUGAAGUUUGGUUGAAAACCGUUGCGUACACUGCUUCAUGUAGCUUUAAUUUAUCCAGUGGUUGUUUAUCCUCCACGAUUUUUGUUCCUAUUUCAGCAGUAGUAAGGCUGGACAAACUUCAGUUCUUUUGAAUAUCUUGUGUUUGUUUUGUAGAUGUUGUGUAAUGUACUCUGGACGCAUAAACCACAGCUGGAAACUGUGUUACUAUAGAUAAAUUAAAGCUUUAUCAAGCAAUUUAAAACGUUUAUUUUGUUUAUUUAUAUUUAAUUCUCAUUUUGGGUGCUGGAAGUUGUUUCAUGAGGCAUGUGGUCUAAUCGGUUUAGCUAGAUGCAGUCACAGUACAAUAGCUCUUUUCAAAACUGUCGUUUUUCCCCCAAACGCCCUAUUUUUUACUUCCUGUCUUUAAAUGUUACAUGUGACAUCAUUACUGCACUACAAAACUACACAAAACAGGAAGUGGGCAAUGCAACAUACAAAACUGGAAGACAUAAGAAGCGUUGGUGAAGCUCUGUCUUUUAUUCAUCAAAUCAUUCAACUUGUGGAGAGUUGUGCUAUGACCCCUGCUGAAAAAAACAGAACCUUGCUCAAACACGAUAGAAAAUGUAAUUGUUAUAAUGGGAAUUAUGUUGGUUUUAAUGGAAGCUAUAAUGGUGUCUACAGUAUGUAAUGAAUUCUAUUGGUGCGAUGUUAUCUGGCAGAUGGUAACCAGCAGAAACCAUGAAAUCCUACUGGAAUAAAGCCCAAACACACUGGUUUCAAUGGGAAAAGCUAAUGGUUCAUAAUGGUAUUUUAAUGGAAACCAUUAGAAUUUCUGUCGGGACAUCUGAGAGUUCCCCCAAAUAAAAACAUUCCGUCAUUUAUUCACCCUCAUGUUGUUCAAAACCUGUAUAUGACUCUUUGUUUUGUGGAACACAAAAGAAGAUAUUUUGUUAUUUUGUGUCAAUACAGUGGAGGUCAGUGUUGUUUGGUUACCGACCUUCUUCAAAAUAUCUUCUUUUGUGUUCUGCAGAAGAACGAAAGUCAUUUUGGGGGAACUAUCCCUUUAAAAAAGCUAGCUGAAGAAUCAAAUGUGUCAAAUACACAAAGACAUGACGCAUAACAGGUAAUACAAAUAAUAUGAAUGAUCAUAAUUAUCAUUAUUAAUGAAUAAAAAAAGGUGAACAUCCAAUUUUAAACGUCUUGUAAUGUUGAUCAUAAAUUGUGUUAGUUUGGUCAACCUGUUUUAAAAUUUGUAUGAUCAGUGUAAGGUGAGCUGAUGUCUGGAAUUUGAACUAUUUUCCGCUUUUAACCCCUUCCGUGGGUUCAGAUAACCGGUUAUUAUUCCACGUGAGCUGUUCAGCUCCACAGUUUCUGUGUUUAUCUGUAAAUAAUGGAAUUACGGCAGAGCAAAUAAAGAGACGGGACGUCACUGUGCUUCAGGUCUUUGCUAUGAGUGUGAUGUGCUCCAGGUAUGUGUACUCGCCCCUCUAUACACAUACUGGACAAAUAAUGACAGAAUUUAUUUGGCAGAACUGCGCCUUAAAAGUCAACCCCUGGAGAAUCAAACUCUGCACUAAUAACUCGACCAUUACCUCAUCCAUCCUUUACUAAUACAAAAGUGCAAAAAUUCUCUCUGAAUGAACAUUCCCAAGGGCUCUACGGUUUAUUGCGUUAUCUGUUGUAUUAGCUGGGCUAUAUGACGCCUGUCGGUGCUUAUCUCAGCUUUCUGUCAGCAGAACAUUUGUAGGGGAACCGGCCUUGAUGGAAAACUGGCGCCACAAGAAAUAAACUGCCGUUUUGCAGAGAACUCAAUGUCAUUUAGUGAAUGUGUCCUGUUGGAAUUGUAAUGUGUGAAUAAGGUUCGACUGCACUGUUUCCAUCGGCUGUCACUGCUGAACACAUUUUUCUUUCAGAUGCCGAAUUAAAACGUCAC